GGAAAUGAUGAAGCGCUCUGCCGCCAGCACUAGUGACGCCGAAUGUUUCCGUUCAUCUCUGGGUACAGGGCCUCUGUGGUGGUCUGAUGAGCAGGGGGGCGCGGCUGUGCGAUUGCGACUAGUCUGGGGUGGAACUGAUGUUCAUACUGGUGGUGGUAAAUGGGAAGCAGUAUUACUACAAAACCCAAGACGUUUAAUUGUGGCUUUGCCAGCGGGCUCCCUAGCUUCGGGUUCCCGGGACGCAUUUAUUGCAAUGCUCGAAUAUGCUGAGGAAAAACUUGGAUGUCAAUAUGUCAUUGUAUUAUUCCCAGCUGAUCGACCAGAUCGUGCCGCAUUGGUGCGUACAUUCAUGUUUCUUGGAUUAACACCUCUGCGUCCAACCAGUCCAGUGCUACCAAAAGGUUUACCACCAGAUCAUGUCGCAAUGUUGUACAACAUUUCUUUGUAGAAAUUUUACUUAUAUAUUCGCAUAUUUAAAAAAUAUAUUCUAUUAAAAUUUAAAAAAAAAAUAAAAAAUAACAAUUUCAAAAUAAUAUUUACUAAUAAAAAGGAUAAAUCUCAUUUUUAAAAAUAUGGUAUGUUUAUUUGUUUCGUGGGUUAGGGAAUUUUUUUAUUUUAUUUUCUAGUUGUGUGUUUGGGCGAGCUUCAAUCAUUUUUUUAGUAAGCUCCGUCAUUUUUCAGUAUCUCAUAAUUAUAUAGUUAUCGUAAAUAAUCGAUUGUCUAUUUAAUAUAUCUCACGUAUUGUUCUUAAAUUAUUAUUCUUAUUUUGAUUUUGAUUGAGACUUGCCUGCUACUCCCCCACCACUCCAUAUUUCUUUUUUUUUUCUUCUUAUAUAUAGCAGUGUUAUAGUUUUUAGUGUUUACUUAAUAUUAAAUAUAAAACUCUCUUGUAAUGUGUUAUUAAGAGUUCAGAGAUUGUUCUAAUUUUUUCAACGCAAUUGUAAUGUGAUGUUUCAUUUUAAUGAUAAAUAAAAUACACGUAUUAAACAAA